CAGUGAGCCACGAAAGAAAGGCAGUAACAACGAGAGCGAAAGAAAGAGGAGAAAAAGAAGAGAGUUUUCUUUCCAAGAUUUCGCAUCUCUUCGCCCUCCCUCCCUUCGACGAAGAAACCGAGUCGCAGAGAUCCACCGUGGCCGGAAUCCGAUCAAUAUCCCUCACCCCGUCCCUUGAAUUCGAGCUGGAGAUAAUUCCAAGGACUCGGUUUCUUUUUCUCCCUCUCUCUUUCGAUCUUUUUUUUUUUUCCCCUCCCUUUUCUUGGCUUGGCUUUUGGUUCCGGAAACCUAUGAAACCCUAAGGUGUACGGCAAGCAGCGACUGAUACUGUUCCGGGGCGACGACCAGAUCGGGGAUCGCUGGUGCGAACCGCCAAAGAUCGAUCUUUUGCUUUUCUCUUUUUCGUUGUUUAAUCGCGGAUUUCUCUAAGAAAGACUGGAUUUUUCGGCGCCGAUCAGAGGAAAAGCUGCGGAUCUUGGGAGAUAUCUGACGUGGGGGCUUUAAUCGAGCUCCAGUUGCCGAGAAAUCGGCUUUACCGGCUUUCUUCUGAGGUUCUUGAAAGGCAUCGGAGCGACUCCGAGCCGAAUCUGGGACUCGUCCGCGUCUUUAGAAAGAGAACACAGGUGCACAUUUGUCUAUUUGUUACUAAAGAAAGAGAAAGCCUCAAAUCUCGAGAAACCGCUGGCUUGAGAAUCCUUCUUCUUUUCAGUGUCUCUCGUUCUCGUAUACAGAGCUUUGGAGAACGAGAAAUCACAGCUGGGAAUGUUUUGAGCUCCACGUUAAAAUAUAAAAAGAAGGAAAAAAAGGAAAGGAGAUUCUUGAAUAGAAGAAAAGAGAAAGAACAUUUUUUUUUUUUUAAAAAGAAACCUUGGAAUCUUCAAAGGCAUCUGAUAAAGCUUUCAAUUAUUUGAGGCUUCGCGCUCCUACACUGUUGUAUACACUACAUACUGUAGCUGGAUGGUAGUCUCUCUGUGGUCGUUGAGGGUGGUAGUCUUGUAGAUAUCUCCCAUCUCGAAAGGCUGGUCUUUCUUGUGUUUGCUGUUGUCUGGAUAUUUGAAGAAAGAAGCACCUAUAUUCCGGAGCUGGAACCGAUCGUUGCCCUGUAUUUCCUUUCCUUUAAAGAUCAAGCUAAGAAGAAAAAGGAGAGAAACUGGUGAUUUUCUUGAAGACCUAACGAAAGACUACUCCUUUUUGUUGCGAAUGGUAAAAAGAAAGGACAAAUUAUAGUUUUUGGCUCUCUGCAACGUUUGAGUUUGAAUUCUUGAAGAAUUCUGGAAACGGAGGUUCAGGAUACCGCGGUCUUUGGUUGUUACUUGAGGUGAUUUGAUCUUGAAGGGAUGAUGGCUGUGUCAUCUGGCAAGGAGGGGAAGACGGCGAUGGACCCGGGGAAGUAUGUCCGGUAUACGCCCGAGCAGGUCGAAGCCCUGGAAAGGCUUUAUCAUGACUGCCCAAAGCCAAGCUCCAUGAGGCGGCAGCAGCUGAUCAGGGAGUGCCCCAUCCUCUCCAACAUUGAGCCCAAGCAGAUUAAAGUCUGGUUUCAGAACAGGAGAUGCCGAGAGAAACAGCGGAAGGAAGCGUCACGGCUGCAAGCCGUGAAUAGGAAACUGACUGCGAUGAAUAAGCUUCUGAUGGAGGAGAAUGAUCGAUUGCAGAAGCAGGUGUCGCAGUUGGUCUAUGAGAAUGGUUACUUCCGUCAGCAGACGCGGAAUGCUGCGUUGACAACUCCAGAUACAAGCUGUGAGUCGGUGGUGACGAGUGGUCAGCACCAUUUGACUGCUCAGCGUCCACCAAGGGAUGCCAGUCCUGCUGGACUGAUGUCCAUAGCAGAGGAAACGUUAACAGAGUUUCUAUCGAAGGCCACUGGGACUGCUGUGGAGUGGGUCCAAAUGCCUGGGAUGAAGCCUGGUCCGGAUUCCAUUGGAAUCGUUGCUAUCUCACAUGGCUGCACUGGUGUGGCAGCGCGAGCUUGCGGCCUUGUAGGCAUGGAACCUACAAAGGUCGCAGAAAUCCUCAAAGAUCGACCAUCAUGGUUCCGUGAUUGUCGGUCUGUGGAUGUCAUCAAUGUACUGCCUGCUGGAAACAGUGGGACCAUCGAGUUGCUCUACAUGCAGCUAUAUGCUCCAACAACUUUGGCACCUGCUCGUGACUUCUGGUUGCUGCGAUAUACAUCAGCUUUGGAAGAUGGAAGUCUUGUGGUCUGUGAAAGAUCUCUCAAUAGCACACAAGGUGGUCCGAGCAUGCCUGCCGUGCAGCCUUUUGUUAGGGCAGAAAUGCUGCCAAGUGGGUACUUAAUAAGACCCUGUGAGGGGGGUGGGUCUAUAAUACACAUUGUUGAUCAUAUGGAUCUGGAGCCUUGGAGCAUACCUGAGGUUCUACGGCCGCUAUAUGAAUCAUCUACAGUGCUUGCUCAGAAGACAACAAUGGCGGCUUUGCGCCAUCUACGUCAGAUUGUACAUGAGGUGUCCCAGUCUACUGUAACUGGAUGGGGCAGGAGACCUGCAGCUCUAAGAGCACUUAGUCAGAGGUUGAGCAGGGGUUUCAAUGAAGCUCUCAAUGGGUUUGCAGAUGAUGGAUGGUCCAUGAUCAGUGGUGAUGGCACAGAUGAUGUUACUAUACUUGUUAACUCGUCUCCUAGCAGGUUGAUGGGUUUAAAUCUUGGUUUCACAAAUGGCUUUCCCUCGUUGAGCAAUGCUGUGCUUUGUGCCAAGGCAUCCAUGCUUUUGCAGAAUGUAUCUCCAGCAAUGCUUUUAAGGUUUGUGCGAGAGCACCGAUCAGAAUGGGCAGACAGUAACAUAGAUGCCUACUCUGCUGCAGCUGUCAGAGCCAGUCCCUGCACUUUACCCAUGUCUAGAAUUGGAUGCUUUGGUGGUCAGGUCAUACUUCCUUUGGCUCAUACGCUCGAGCACGAAGAAUUCCUGGAGGUACUUAAAUUAGAAAAUACUGGCCGCAGUCAAGAUGCCCUUAUGGCUCGAGAUCUUUUUCUCUUGCAACUCUGCAGCGGAGUGGAUGAGAAUGCUGUAGGCACCUGUUCGGAGCUUGUAUUUGCCCCAAUCGAUGCAUCUUUUGCUGAUGAUGCCCCAUUGUUACCGUCUGGUUUUCGUAUUAUUCCUCUUGACUCCGUGAUGGAAAAUUCCAGUCCUAAUCGCACACUGGACCUUGCUUCUGCACUUGAGAUUGGAUCAACAGGAAACAGAGUGUCUGGUGAUUAUUCUGGCAAUUCUACUAGCAUGAGAUCGGUGAUGACAAUAGCAUUUCAGUUUGCUUUUGAGAGCCAUCUCCAAGAAAAUGUGGCAUGUAUGGCUCGACAAUACAUCCGUAACAUUAUAUCAUCUGUCCAAAGGGUUGCAUUGGCUCUUUCACCUUCACAUCUUGGAUCUCAUGGUGGCCUCCGGCCACCACCCGGAACUCCAGAAGCGGUCACACUUGUCCGUUGGAUUUGUUACAGCUACAGGGGUCAUUCUGGAGUGGAGCUCCUUAAAACUACUACUGAAGGCAGUGAAUCACUUCUCAAAAUACUUUGGCAUCACUCAGAUGCUAUUAUUUGCUGUUCUUUGAAGGCAAUGCCAGUUUUCACAUUUGCAAACCAGGCUGGUCUUGAUAUGCUUGAGACUACCUUGGUUGCCUUGCAAGACAUUACUCUGGAAAAGAUAUUUGAUGACCAAGGAAGGAAGACUCUCUGCACGGAGUUCCCUCAUAUAAUGCAGCAGGGUUUUGCAUGCCUUCAGGGUGGUCUUUGCAUUUCAAGCAUGGGUAGGCCUGUUUCUUACGACAGCGCAGUGGCUUGGAAGGUGCUGAAUGAUGAAGAUGAAGCCCACUGCAUCUGCUUCAUGUUUGUUAAUUGGUCCUUCGUCUAGCUAGUCUUUCAAUAUAAGAACAUAUAAAAGUUAAGGCACUUAUUUAUCUUUCUCUAUGUCUCGAUUGGUGGCUAUCUCUUUCUAAACCUAAACCAUGAUGUUUUCUUAUUUGAUUCUCUAGUUUAAGAUGUUUACGUUGUAUUUGGCUUGCUCAAUAUAAUUAGGCUAAGAUAUCUGUUA